UUCGGGACGACCGUCAGUCUGCGGAUCGCUUCCAGCCCCCAGCCCGCGAUGGGGCCGGCCCCGCUGGGGCUGCUGCUGGGGCUUUUGCUUCCCGCGCUCCGGAGUGGAGCUAUUGCCAAAAUGAGGGAAGAAACCAAGCCCUACCACCUAUUCCCAAGAAGCCUGCAAGCAGACCACAGGCUAUUUUCCUAUCCUUACACCAGUGGGUACCAGCCUGCUUCGAUGUUGUCACCCACCCAGCCUGGAAGACCACAUCCGGGAAACACGGCUAUCCCCCAGGCCACCCCUGCUGCCACAAAGCUCCGACCACCCGUUGCAUUUAAUCACACAAUUGGACACAUAAUACUUUCCGAACACAAAGAUGUCAAAUUUAAUUGUUCCAUCAAUAUACCUAAUGUGUACCAGGAAACUGAAAGUGUUUCCUGGUGGAAAGAUGGGAAGGAAUUGCGAAGGGCACAUAAUACAAUCACACAGUAUUAUCCUGAUAACGAAGUAACAUCGAUAAUUGCAUCCUUCAGCAUCACCAGUGUGCAGCGCUCAGACAGUGGAUCAUAUAUUUGUAAGAUGAAAGUAAACAAUAUCGAGAUUGUGUCUGACCCCAUUGACAUCGAGGUACAAGGACUUCCCUACUUCACCAAGCAGCCCGAGAACCUCAACAUCUCAAGAAACACAGCCUUCAACCUCACCUGCCAGGCUGUGGGCCCCCCUGAGCCCGUUGACAUUUUCUGGGUUCAAAACAGCAGCCGCAUUAAUGAACGGCCUGAAAAAUCUCCCUCUGUUCUAACCGUUCCUGGUUUGACAGAGAUGGCGAUCUUCAGUUGCGAGGCCCACAAUGACAAAGGGCUGACUGUGUCCAAGGGUGUGCAGGUCAACAUCAAAGCAAUUCCCUCCCCACCGAGCAAAGUCCACAUCCGCAACAGUACAGCGCACAGCAUUCUGAUCUCCUGGGUCCCUGGUUUUGAUGGCUACUCCCCAUUCAGGAACUGCAGCAUUCAGGUCAAGGAAGUUGAUCCUCUGAGUAAUGGCUCAGUCAUGAUUUUUAACACCUCGGCUUCACCACAUCUGUAUCAAAUCCAGCAGCUGCAAGCCCUGGCUAAUUACAGCAUUGGUGUGUCCUGCAAGAACGAAAUUGGCUGGUCCUCAGUAAGCCCAUGGAUUCUGGCCAGCACGACCGAGGGAGCUCCAACAAUAGCACCUUUAAAUGUCACUGUGCUUCUGGAUGAAUCUGCUAAUAAUGUGAAUAUCAGCUGGAUGCAGCCUCCAAUUAAGCAGCAGGACGGGGAGCUGGUGGGCUACCGGAUAUCCCACAUGUGGCAGAGUGACAAGACUUCUAAAGAGUUUUUUGAAGAAGUCAGCCAGAGUGGCAGCCGGGCCCAGAUUUCUGUUAAAGUCUACAACGCCACGUACUCAGUGAGGAUUGCGGCUGUCACUAAAGGGGGAGUUGGGCCUUUCAGCGACCCGGUGAAGAUAUUCAUCCCAGCACAGGGUGUGGACUCCGCCCCGUCCUCCACCCCGGCGCCCAGCAGCGCGGACCCCGUGCUAGUUGUCCUCGGCUGCCUGUGCGGAUUUAUUCUCAUUGGGCUGAUUUUAUACAUUUCCCUGGCCAUCAGAAAAAGAAUGCAAGAGACGAAGUUCGGGACUGCAUUCACAGAGGAGGAUUCUGAAUUGGUUGUAAAUUAUAUAGCAAAGAAGUCUUACUGUCGGCGAGCCAUUGAACUUACCUUACAGAGCUUGGGAGUCAGUGAGGAACUACAAAAUAAACUAGAAGAUGUUGUGAUUGACAGGAAUUUUCUAAUUCUUGGAAAAGUCCUGGGGGAAGGAGAAUUCGGGUCUGUGAUGGAAGGAAACCUGAAGCAGCAGGCUGGGACCUCUCAGAAGGUGGCAGUGAAGACCAUGAAGUUGGACAACUUCUCGCAGCGGGAGAUAGAGGAGUUUCUCAGUGAGGCAGCGUGCAUGAAAGACUUCAGUCACCCUAAUGUCAUCCGACUUCUUGGCGUGUGUAUAGAAAUGAGCUCUCAAGGCAUCCCAAAGCCCAUGGUGAUUUUACCCUUCAUGAAAUACGGGGACCUGCACACCUACUUACUGUACUCCCGACUGGAGACGGGCCCAAAGCAUAUUCCUCUGCAGACACUGUUGAAAUUCAUGGUGGACAUUGCCCUGGGAAUGGAGUAUCUGAGCAACAGGAAUUUUCUCCAUCGGGAUUUAGCUGCUCGAAACUGCAUGUUGCGAGAUGACAUGACUGUCUGUGUGGCCGACUUUGGCCUCUCUAAGAAGAUUUACAGCGGCGAUUACUACCGCCAAGGCCGCAUUGCGAAGAUGCCUGUGAAGUGGAUUGCCAUAGAGAGCCUCGCAGAUCGAGUCUACACGAGUAAAAGUGACGUGUGGGCAUUUGGCGUGACCAUGUGGGAAAUAGCAACGCGGGGAAUGACACCCUAUCCCGGAGUCCAGAACCACGAGAUGUACGACUACCUUCUCCAUGGCCACAGGCUGAGGCAGCCUGAGGACUGCCUGGAUGAACUGUACGAAAUCAUGUUCUCCUGCUGGAGUGCAGACCCCUUGGACCGACCCACCUUCUCAGUGCUGAGGCUGCAGCUAGAAAAGCUCUCAGAGAGUUUGCCUGAUGCACAGGACAAAUCAGCUGUCAUCUAUGUGAACACCCCAUUGCCAGAGAGCUGUGACGGCCUGGCUGAGGGCCUGGCACUUGCUCAGCUGGACAUGAACAUCGACCCCGACUCCAUCAUUGCCUCCUGUACCCCCAGUGCAGCCGUGAGUGUGGUCAAGGCGGAGGUCCAUGAGAACAAAGCUCAGGAAGAAAGGUACAUCCUGAAUGGAGGCAGUGAGGAGUGGGACGAUCAGGCCUCCACAUGCCUGGCUAUAGCCCCAGAGGACAGACUUGGACAAAAUCGUGGCUCAUGGUCCCACUGUAGCACGCUGCCCUUGGGCAGCACAUCCCCAGAUGAACUUUUGUUUGCCGAUGACUCCCCAGAAGAGUCAGAAGUCCUGAUGUGAGCCGAGCAAAGUGAAGAUGUGCCAAGCCCAAGUGCCUUCUCCUGCCUUAGGAGGAUCCAUUUCUGCCUAAUGUUUUUAUUUGAACUUUGUUUGAGGUAUGGGAGAUUGAGCCCAAGGCCUUCUCACUAAACUGCAUCCCCAACCCCCAGCCUCUUUUCUUUUAGUUUUUUGAGAAAGGGUCUUGGUGAAUUCCCCAGGCAGAACUCAAGCUUACACUCCUCCUGCCUCAGCCUCCCAAAGUCCUGGGAUUAUAAGUGUGCACCACCAAUCCCAGCUGCCGGAUGCUUUUUGUGCAGUAUUUGUUUUCUUAACUAAGGAAAUUCCAUGGUCCCAGAGCAUCUUCUGAAUGUCAUCAAGUAAGUCUCCAUUAAAAACAAAUAAUAGGGUUUGGGGUAUAGCUUGGCACUAGAGUGCCUGCUUUGCAAGUACAAAGCCCUAGGUUCUGCUCCAGCACCAUAAAAAAUAAAAAUACAU